AUGUAUUCAUUUAAUAUAUUAACGGCGGGCCAUUGUGUUUACUCAUCUAAAUAUGGUCUAAGUGAUCAAGUAAUUGUUUACUUACCAACAUCACAAUUUAAUUGGAUACAAUUAAAAGUAUCCAAAUACAUUUACGAUUCCCGAUCCAAUGGUACAUCUCAUAAUAUUGCUUUAAUUACCUUAAUUAAUCCAGUGCCAACUAAUUACAAACCAAUUUGUUUAACAAUUACUGAAGAUGUACCAUCAGCAAUUGUAAUUGGUUUUAAUCAUGAUAAAAAUACAACUAAAUCACUUGUCCAACAAUCAAACGUUGAAUAUAUUAACUUGGAAAAGUGUGAAAAUGAAAGAUUAUCAUGGAUUAAUAAAUUACCACAAUUACCUGUUAAUCAACGUUUAAAGUUCACUGGUUACAAUAAAAUUGACUCCUCAAUGUUAUGUGCCAAUGAUACAAUUAACGAUAAAUUUGAUAUUAAUCAUACAAAUAGAUUGAAUUUGGUUAAAUCUAAUUGUAAACACAAUUCAGGUGAACCUUUAAUUAGUAAAUCAAAUGACCGAUGGUUUCUGGUUGGUAUUGUUUCUGGAACUUGGUUUAAUCAUGAUUACAAUGAUUGUCUCACAUUAUUGCCAACAAUUUACACUGGCAUUUGGUAUUAUGCUGAAUGGAUUAACUAUAAUUGUAUUGAUUGUUGUUUAAUUGAAACAAAUUGA